UCUGUCGCGCGCGCGCACUACGUUCCUAAAGCAUGCGCGAGGCGGUGGCUGAGUGCCGCCAUUUUGGCCGGUGGCCGUAGGAACGCGUUGUGUGGGGGAGAAGUGAGAGGAAGAACAGAUUUGGCCUCUGAGCUCCCCUCCGCGAGGGGAGGGAUCGUUUUCUCCAGAAGAGCUGGAUAUUCUUACUUUAUUAGAAUUAUGGCGGAUAAAUUAACAAGAAUUGCUAUUGUCAACCAUGACAAAUGUAAGCCUAAGAAAUGUCGGCAGGAGUGCAAAAAGAGUUGCCCUGUGGUUCGAAUGGGAAAAUUAUGCAUAGAGGUUACACCCCAGAGCAAAAUAGCAUGGAUUUCUGAAACCCUUUGUAUUGGUUGUGGUAUUUGUAUUAAGAAAUGCCCCUUUGGCGCCUUAUCAAUUGUCAAUUUACCAAGCAACUUGGAAAAAGAAACAACACAUCGAUAUUGUGCCAAUGCCUUCAAACUUCACAGGUUGCCUAUCCCUCGUCCAGGUGAAGUUUUGGGAUUAGUUGGAACUAAUGGAAUUGGAAAGUCAACUGCUUUAAAAAUUUUAGCAGGAAAGCAAAAGCCAAACCUUGGAAAGUAUGAUGAUCCCCCUGAUUGGCAAGAAAUUUUGACUUACUUCCGUGGAUCUGAAUUGCAAAAUUACUUUACCAAGAUUCUAGAAGAUGACUUAAAAGCCAUUAUCAAACCUCAGUAUGUAGACCAGAUACCCAAGGCUGCAAAGGGGACAGUGGGGUCUAUUUUGGACCGAAAGGAUGAAACAAAGACACAAGCAAUUGUAUGUCAGCAGCUUGAUUUAACCCAUCUAAAAGAACGAAAUGUUGAAGACCUUUCAGGAGGAGAGUUGCAGAGAUUCGCGUGUGCUGUUGUUUGCAUACAGAAAGCUGAUAUUUUCAUGUUUGAUGAACCUUCUAGUUACCUAGAUGUCAAGCAGCGUUUAAAGGCUGCUAUCACUAUACGAUCACUAAUAAAUCCAGAUAGAUAUAUCAUUGUGGUGGAGCAUGAUCUAAGUGUAUUAGACUAUCUCUCUGACUUCAUCUGCUGUUUAUAUGGCGUACCAAGUGCUUAUGGUGUUGUCACUAUGCCUUUUAGUGUAAGAGAAGGCAUAAACAUUUUUUUGGAUGGCUACGUUCCGACAGAAAACUUGAGAUUCAGAGAUGCAUCACUUGUUUUUAAAGUGGCUGAGACAGCUAAUGAAGAAGAAGUUAAAAAGAUGUGUAUGUAUAAAUAUCCUGGAAUGAAGAAAAAGAUGGGAGAGUUUGAGCUAGCAAUUGUAGCUGGAGAGUUUACAGAUUCUGAAAUCAUGGUGAUGUUGGGGGAAAAUGGUACUGGUAAAACCACAUUUAUCAGAAUGCUUGCUGGAAGACUUAAGCCUGAUGAAGGAGGAGAAGUGCCGGUUCUAAAUGUCAGUUAUAAGCCACAGAAAAUCAGUCCCAAAUCAACUGGAAGUGUUCGACAGUUGCUACAUGAAAAGAUAAGAGAUGCUUACACUCAUCCACAAUUCGUGACUGAUGUGAUGAAGCCUCUGCAGAUUGAAAACAUCAUCGAUCAAGAAGUGCAGACAUUAUCUGGUGGUGAACUGCAGCGAGUGGCAUUGGCACUUUGUUUGGGCAAGCCUGCUGAUGUCUAUUUAAUUGAUGAACCAUCUGCGUAUUUGGAUUCUGAGCAAAGAUUGAUGGCAGCUCGAGUUGUCAAACGUUUCAUACUCCAUGCUAAGAAGACAGCCUUUGUUGUAGAACAUGACUUCAUUAUGGCCACCUAUCUAGCAGAUCGAGUCAUCGUUUUUGAUGGCAUUCCAUCUAAGAACACAGUCGCAAACAGUCCUCAAACCCUUCUGGCUGGCAUGAAUAAAUUUUUGUCUCAGCUUGAAAUUACAUUCAGAAGAGAUCCAAACAACUAUAGGCCAAGAAUAAACAAACUCAAUUCAAUUAAGGAUGUAGAACAAAAGAAGAGUGGAAACUACUUUUUCUUGGAUGACUAGACUGAAUCAGAAUAUUGAAAAGCCAUUUCUUAAAGGAAACAUUUAUUGGGAUUUUUGUCAUAUAAAACUUUAAUCAGGUUUUAUGUCCCACAUACUCUGGAGCUUGAAGUAUAAUUUACUUAAUGUAACAUCAAAAGCCAGUUGUGUUGUAAAUUACAGUCUGAACACAGAAAAUGCAUUUUUCUGUUCUUGAUAAGGCCCUUUUUAUGUAUAACAUUCUAAAUUGAAGACAUUUCAAGCUACACAAAUUACCUCCAAGUUUUCAUGAUGUAUGGGAAGAUUUUCAGUAGGUGUCAUCAUAUUCAUGUACCAAAUGCUGACCAGUGUUACUCCCUUUUAAAAAUCUUGAAAAAGCUUUCUGUACUUAGUGUUUGCCAAAUAUUCCUCUAUAAUGAAACUGCCCUUGUUUUAAAAGCCGGUCGAAGACUCCACUAAAGAAAUUUGAUAAAUAAACAUCAGGAUUAUA